UUCGAUAAUUUAAUAUCGAAUUGGUGGAACGAUAACUUCUUGAUAUAUUGAAGUUUAGAAUUUGAUUAGUUCUUUGGUUUUCAAUACUCAUUAAAAUGACGGAUUGGGCUAAAAAAGCAGAAGACCAGGAAGUAGCCAAGCUGGUUGACCAACUUCAAAUUCAAUCCGAUGAGAAUACCUUUUCUACCAGGAACAACAGUUGUAUAUAUGAUUUGCCGGCAACAAAAAAUAAUGAGGAAUCCGAACCGGAUGUUGCUGACCCUGCUGAAACCAGCCUCCUAAUCAAAAUAUUGGGAAAGGGACUGGUAAACACAAAAUUAUCUCUUGAUAUACAGCAAAAAAACCCGAAUUCACCCCUACAUUCAGUAAAAACUUUCGAAGCAUUACAUCUGAAGGAAGAACUGUUGAAGGGAAUCUACGCAAUGGGAUUUAACACGCCAUCGAAAAUACAAGAGACUGCUUUGCCAACGCUCCUUGCAGAUCCACCACAAAACAUGAUAGCCCAAAGCCAGUCUGGAACAGGAAAAACAGCUGCCUUUGUCUUGGCAAUGCUUAGCCGUGUAAACGUUAAAUUAAAUCACCCUCAGGUUCUGUGCUUGUCCCCUACGUACGAGCUGGCGAUUCAAACAGGGGAAGUAGCUGCACGUAUGGGACAGUUCUGUCCCGAGAUCAAACUUAGAUUUGCAGUUCGCGGUGAAGAAGUUGAACGUAAUCAAAAAAUUACCGAGCACAUUCUAAUUGGAACACCAGGAAAAAUGUUGGAUUGGGGAUACAAGUUUCGUCUUUUUGAUAUGAAAAAAAUUUCAGUUUUUGUAUUAGAUGAAGCUGAUGUUAUGAUAGCCACUCAAGGUCACCAUGAUCAGUGUCUUCGAAUACAUAAAUUGCUUAACCAACAAUGCCAAAUGUUGUUUUUCUCUGCUACUUAUGAUAGGGAGGUUAUGGACUUUGCUCAACUAAUAGUUACUGAGCCAACAAUAAUAAGAUUAAAUCGAGAGCAGGAAUCUCUGGAUAAUAUUAAACAGUAUUACGUUAAAUGUAAAAAUGAAGAAGGAAAAUAUAAUGCAAUACAAAAUAUAUAUGGAUGCAUUAGCAUCGGCCAAGCUAUCAUAUUUUGUCAUACCCGUCGUACUGCUGCUUGGCUUGCAUCAAAGAUGACAUCAGAUGGCCAUUCUGUUGCUGUUCUUUCUGGUGACUUGACUGUUGAGCAACGACUUGCUGUUUUGGAUCGAUUCCGAUCAGGGCUCCAGAAAGUCCUCAUAACCACAAAUGUUUUAUCAAGGGGUAUUGACAUUGAACAAGUUACAAUUGUCGUUAAUUUUGACCUGCCGGUAGAUAUUCGAGGCAACGCAGACUGCGAGACAUAUUUGCAUCGCAUUGGACGUACCGGACGAUUUGGAAAGUCUGGAAUCGCCAUUAACCUUGUCAGCGGAGAUAAAUGUAUGGCAGUGUGUAAUGCCAUUGAGAAACAUUUUAAGAAAGACAUUCAUAUUUUAAAUACUGACAGCGCUGAUGACAUUGAAAAGAUUGGAAAUUAACAUUUUUCAUUCCAAAGUUUAAAGUUUAUAACAUUACUAUUGAAUGUGCAUUGUCUAAUUUACAAUAAAAAUGGAAUCAACAAAUUUAUUA